AUGUCCUUGAUUGAUAUAUCUGAAGUUAGUAAAUUACAUCACAUAUUUGUAAUAUCAGAAUCUAUUGAAAAUUUUCAUCGUCAUUGUAUUCGUAGAGGUUAUUCAAUAAGAAACACUAUUACUAACAAUAAUAAUGCUAAAUUACUCGAAAUCAGGGAAGAAUUUCGUAAAUUAGGUGGUGGAUCUAUUGAUUUUAAUCCAAUAUUUUCGCCAGGAAUUGGAUUAAUCACACUUAACAAUCUUAAAAAACAUAAUUCAUUAAGUGGCAAGAUGAUGGCAGAAUUGGCAGAUUUGGUUGAUAGAUUAGAAAAGAAUUUGGUUGGAUUGAUAUUAACUGGUAGUGAAAAUACUUUUUGUUCUGAUUUAAGUGUGGCAAAAGACCAUAUAAUAACACCUGAAAAUGGGAAGAAAAUGAGUUUACUUAUGCAAGAUACAUUAUUUAGAUUCAACAAUUUACCACUGAUCUCUAUAGCAGCUAUUGAAGGGUAUGCAUUAGGUGGUGGAGCAGAACUAGCUACAGCUUGUGAUCAUAGAUGUGUUUCAGAGAAAUCUAAGAUUAGAUUUGUACAAGUAAAAAUGGCAGCUACAUCUGGUUGGGGAGGAGGGAAUAGAUUAAUUAAUAUAGUUGGUAGGAAUAAUGCAUUAAAAUUACUGGGGAAAAGUGAAUUUUUAAGUUAUAAUAAUAGUCAUCAACAAGAUCAACAAGAUAUUAUUGAUAUUGGAUUUGUAGAUGUGGUUUCCAAGGAAGGAGGGACCAUUAAAAAAUCCAUAGAAUUUCUUGAUUCUUAUAUUUAUUUUCAUAGUAAGAAACAACAAAUUGAAGAAAAAAAUCGAGAUGAAGAACAUCAUCCAAGAAAAAGAAAUAGUGUUAAUGCAGUAACAAACCAUAAUUCAACAGAAACACAAAAAAAAUUAUUAGAUUAUGAACAUGAAAUAUUUUGUAAACUUUGGGGUGAAAAAGAAAAUAUCCAAGCAAUUUUGAAAUCCAAAAAUUAG